GAUCACAGUGAUUAGUGAUUACUGAUUAACGAGUGGUUAUUAAAUUUGUAGUACCUACCUAUUACGAUUUUGCAAUAUCACCUAGUUUUUAUGGUUGAAUUAAAAAGAUAAUUACAAAGCCGAAGUAGUUUUACAUUGGAAUACAUUAAUCAUUAAUGCUCAAAUGUGCAUUUAACUACAAAAAUAAAUACUCCAAAAAAGGAAAAAUCUGGACUUGUGGUCUGGUCUUAAUUUUAUUUUACUACAGUGAGGCAGCACAGCUCAUGAGAACUGCGGAUUUUCUCGGAUUUUAAUUAUGAGGUUAAAAUUUAUUCUGGCUUUGGCAUUUCUAUGCCUGAUGCCAAGCUUACAAGUUCUCGCUGAUAAUUUUGAAGAUAAUGAUUUUGCCGAAUUUGAAGAUUUUGAUGAUGAAGAAUUCAUUGUUGGUAAUGUAGCCAGUACCCAGCAGCCCGAGAUAAUUGCUGCUGAUACUGCAAAAUCUAAUGGAAAUGUGAAAAAGAGUGAUAGUGACUUUGCUGAAAUUGACAACAACGACGAGGACGAAGCUGUAGUUGAAGACGAAGAGAAUGAAUUCGAGCAUUUUCAGGAUGAAGAAGAAUUUGAGGGAUUUCACGGAACGACAAAUGAAGCCGAUGACAUCAAACACGGAGAUCCGAAAAAGACUGAGCCAAAGUUAACGAUGGCUAAGGUUCCCAUGCAUUUUCGGACUCACUGGGAUUCAUAUUGGAUGGAAAUGUUAAUGCUGGCUGGUCUUAUGGCUUACUUUGCCAACUAUUUAUAUGGAAACAAGAAGAAUUCGUCUAUUGCAAGUUUGUGGCUAUCCACACACAAAAGUCUUCUUGAAGAUAAUUUUGUUCUUGUGGGAGACGAUGGUAAGAAGGAGACUGAAGGAUCCACCUUAAGCUUUAUAAAAGAAAGCGAAAGUGUGUAUACGCUUUGGUGCAGUGGCCGAACCUGCUGCGAGGGAAUGCUAGUUGAAUUGAAAAUGAUCAAACGGCAAGAUUUAGUGUCGUUAAUUGCUGGUAUAAUGAAGCCUGUUAACGAUCAGCUGCAUAUAAAAGUGGAAAUGUCUCCGGACUCAAUGGACAACUUUGUUUUCUGUGUUGCCAAUAAAAAGCAAGCUGCUAAAAUGGGCAAAGAAAUGAACGAUUUGAGCAAGUUUUGCACUCUAGUCAACAAAACUGAGGAAAAAUACAAUAUUCCCGGUUAUUCAUUGUUAUCGGAGAUUGCGGAAGCAUCAUCUAGCAUAUUAGACAGCAGACUGAUAGCAGCAUUAAAUAAGUAUUCACAUCUUAUAGAAUAUAUUUACGCAUCGGAUCAAUAUAGUGGUCCAGUCCAGCAAGAAGAUCCAAACACUCUCAAGCAACCCGAGGUUAAACGCAUUUUACAUUGUGGUUUUAAUAUACCUCCUAAGAUCGAAAUGGAAGAGUUGAAGCCUUUGUUGGUGCUAGUACUUUAUUUGAUGGAACGCAUAAGACGCUUCCGUUUGUCAAAAGAAGGUAAAGCAAAGUCUGAUAAAAAUCGAGCUCGUGUGGAGGAAGAAUUUAUGAAAAAUACCCAUGCAGCACGUGCUGAAGCGGCAGCUCAACGACGAGAGGAGAAGCGCAAGGCGGAAAAAGAGAAAAUUUUAGCUAAUGAUGAUCCAGAGAAGCAAAGACGUUGGGAAGAGAAAGAAAGAAAGCGCCUCGAGAAAAAACGUCCCAAAAUGAAGCAACUUUCAAUUAAAGCCUUGUAAAACACAGGCAACUUGAUAGUCAUGGAUUAAAAUUCAAAGAAAAAGCAACUUCCGACUCAACAAUUUUGUGAAUAAUGUAACACCCACAAGUAGCAACGAUGGUUUGCUAGAUUAGAUGUAGUUGAUAGCAGUUUUCUAUAAAAGCAAAACCAAAUUCUAAUAGUUCGUUGACGGAAUAAAGCGGUAUAUGAG